CCAAGAUGUCAGCCUCCAUAAGAAUAAUAUUCAGCUAAAUAUAAAUAACAUAAAAUGAGAUUUAGAUGGGCAUCAGAUGCUUAUCGUCGAUUAAAUGGCGUAUUCUGUAUUUAUAAGCCCUCGGAAUUACCGAUAUCCAAAGUUAUCGAAAAGAUACAAUGGAAUUUAGCCAGAGAUUUGAAUGCACUUCCGUGUUAUAAAUAUGAGCGAUUAGUUGAUGCACCUACAGAAGAUAAUGAUGAUGGUUCUAGAAGUUUACUUGUUACAAAUCAACCAGUUGUUACAACUUUACCUGAUAUUUCUGAUUUAUCAGAACAUAGACUAGUGUUAGGACCAAGAUAUAUAGGUUCAGAUUUUGAAAUAUGGCCUGUUGGUCCAAUACCAAAACAUACAUCAGGAGUUCAAGUGUUGGGUAUUGGUGGUGGUAGACAGUUUUUAGGAUUUAUUUCGAGGGCAAUGUACCUCAGGGUUUACCAUGUGAAAGGUCGAUUUGGUUGGGCAACUGAUAAUUUCUCUCCUAAAGGAAGAAUAAUAGAACGAACAACUUUUCAUCAUAUAACAAAACCUAAAUUAGACAGAAUGUGUUCCAUAGCACAAGCUAAUCACACCAAGCUUAUGUUUAAAUAUGCAGGAGUACAUGAAGAUAGCCAAGAAGCAUAUGAAUAUGCAUGUAAAGGAUUAGUUCGUCCAGCUAAUAAAGAUAUGUCUCCUAUGUUGUAUGGUGUUAAAUGUAUAGAUUAUAAAUUACCAGAUUUUACUCUAGAAAUUCAUGCGAUCAACGAAACUAGCACCUACUUCAAAACUUUGAUCCACGAUAUUGGACUUAAAUUAAAAUCAACAGCAGUGUGUACGGACAUCCGGAGAUUACGUUAUGGACAUUUUACAUUAGAUCACGCUUUGCUACAGAAACACUGGGCGUUAGAGAACAUCUUAGACAACAUGAGAAUGUGUCAUAAAGAAUUACAUCCAGAUAAAUUACUGAUUGGUGCAAAUAUCGACCAAAUUGAAAAGGACAAAUUAUUAGAAAGUGAAAAACAUCAAAAAUAUUUAACUUCAUCUGUGAAUAAAUAAUGUAUAUUUAAUUUUCUAUCUUGAGAGUCUGCCGUGCAAUCUGGUUAAAACAAAGAUCCUACUUCGUUUCGUUUUUUAUAGUUCAAAAUUUCGUUUUACUUGUCUUUACUACACUAGGAUCUGGAAGAGUUGUUAUAUUACCUGCGUACUGGUUGAAGUGAGGGAUUAGCCAAUGAAACGGUCUGUUGAAGUGAGUUCUAGGCGUGCAAUGCAUGAAACUUUGGAUAUCCUACUAGAAAUAUCAACGCUGAUUGGUUAAUUAAGUGUCUGACAUCAUAGGGUCAAACGCUGCUCGUGUAACCUCUGACGCGACCUCCUACUACGACUGGUCAGAUCUUCAUGUAGUAGAGGUCAUCAGGAGUAUAAAAUAAAACGAAACGAAAUAUAGUUCUGUAUUUUAAUCAGAUUUUCUAAGUCUAAGCCAGGUUUUAGACUGAGGUCUCGUGUACACAUUGGUGUGCACGUAAAAGAUUCCUUGACAGUUGGAAUUCGAUAUACGAGUUGUCUGUAGUGCUGUUGUCCGGGCAAAAUUUCCCUCAUAGCACACUGUAUGGGGUAUGUCCGUCUUCAUUAGCCCAGUUCGGAGCAGAACAGUAGGACGUUAAACCCUAUUUCAUUUCAUUUCAUAUACAUGUAACUUAUUGAAAAUAUUCAAAUUUUAAUUAUUUUUUUUUUUAGGAAAGUAAGUAAUAUGUUUUAAACCAUAUUUUAUUGAGAUAAGAUUUAUUAUUUUGCAUCUAAAAUAAUUUUGAACAAAUCUUUGGAUUUAAUCACAGUGUAUUGUCAUAGAGCCAUGGUGGCUAAGUGAGUAAGAUGCUGGCUCGCUAGCCUGAAGGUUACGGGUUUGAUCCCGGUUUGGGCUGAGAAAGCUCAUCUUGUUUUUCCAGCGUGGUUUACCCUUGUCAGUGGUGCAGGAUGGACAGCUCAACGAGGGCAGUUGUCUAGCCGUGUGGAUGGGACGAAAAACUGAGGUCCCAUGUACACAUUGGUGUGCAUGUAAAAGAUCCUUUGACAGUUGGAAUUCGAUAUAUGAGUAGCCCGUAGUGGAGGGCCCCAAGAAAACCCAUGUGGUUGGACAGGCUACUACCCCCUGUCACACACUACUGGGGAAUCGAAACAUUCUGCCAUCGAAAAAAGAAAUAAAGAAAUGAACAAACAUGGUCAAUCAUUCCUCUGCUCUAUGUGAAAACAAGAAACCAAAUAUAAACCUCACUCAAAUUAUGUGUACAAGAAACUGAGACAAACCAAGUAUGAGUCAACUUGCAACACCAGGGUCCUGUUUCAUGAAAUUUUAACUAGUAAUUUGAUUGGAUAAUAUUAGACUGAUUUUAGUGCUUAGCCAAUCAAAAUAGAGGUAUCUACUAAAAUUUAGAUUUUAUCUUUAGUUAAAAUUCCGUGAAACAGGGCCCAGUACUAUUAUUUAUUUAUUGUCUGUCUGUCUGUACCUCCCUCCGUCUGUCUGUCUGUCUGCCCGUCUGUCACACUUUUUGGGACACAAUAACUCUCAUUCUAAUUGAGCUAGAAUGUUCAAACUUGGUGUGGGUGUUUAUUAGGUCAAUGCCUUGAUGGUGUUCGAAGAUGAGCAUUUUCUGCUUAGGGUAAGCAGAGAUAAGCAAUUUGAUUGGCCCAGACUUUGGGGCUCGAUAACUUUGAUUCUAAGAAAGUGAGAGUGGUGAAACUUUGCGUAUAGUUUGCAGUCUGAUUGGGACCACAAUAACUCUCCUUCUAAAUGAGCUAGAAUGUUCAAUAUUGGUGUAGGUGUUUAUUAGGUGAAUGCCUUGACAGAGUUUGAUCAUGCAAAUUUUCCACUAAGGCUAAGCUGAGAUAAGCAUUUUGAUUCGUUGAGAUUUUGGAACACAAUAGCUUUGGUUCUAAUUGGGUGAGAGUGAUGAAACUCAAAGAGUAUAGAUUCAUUAUAUCAAUACCUUGACCGAUUUCAAUUAUGAGGCUAAGGAGCAAUAAGCAAUUUAAUUGAUCAAGACAUUGGAACAUAACAACUCUGCUUUUAGUCGAGGUAGAAUGUUUAAACUUGGUAUAGCCGUUUUCAUUAGCCCAGUUGGAGCAGAACACUAGGACGUUAAACCAAAUGUCAUUUUAAACUUGGUGUAGGUUUCAUUAGGUGAAUGUCUUCACUGAGUUCAAUGAUUAACAUUUCCCACUAAAGCUAAGCAGUUUCAUUGGUCGAUGCUUUGGGACAAGAUAAUUUUGAUUCUAACUGAUUGAGAGUGAUGAAACUUAGUGUAGAGUUUCACUACCAGGUACUGCUCGAUACUUUUCAAAAAGAUAAAUGUGCAAUUAAUUAAUAUGUAUUUAUUUUGGGAUUGCAGCGGGGGACAUCAGCCUCACUGUUGGCUUGUUUUAUACAGGAUCAUUUUAUUAUUUUUUUUUAAUGUUGAUAACAUACAUUGUAACAUGGAUGGGAAAUCUUUCUUUGUUCUUUUCGUUGAAUAAGCAGAUUGUUUUCCCUCUAGUAGAUUGG